AUGAAAAACAUUAUAUUUAUAACUUUUGCUGGGUACAUAUUAGUAUUUUUUAAAUUUAUUGAUACAAUUUAUGCUGCACCAAAUUAUAUUUCCGAUGAUUAUAAAGAACAUAAGAAUAAAAUUUACCAAAUAAACAAUCACUUUAGUGACGCAAGCUCUUUAUAUAAAUCAAAUGAUAAUCUGAAUUAUCAGAAAAAGAGUGAUCAGAAAGAGAGUGGUUUAUAUCAUCCAAGAUCACAAUUUAAGGAUACUUGUAAAAGUGUUACUUUGAAGGCUAAGAGCGAAGAUACUAAAAAAUGUGUAUUAGAUAAAUUAAAAAAAACACGUUGUGUUGACACUGAUAUACUUUGUUUAUGUGAUUCCAAAGCUUCACAUAGAGUAAUUCAAGAUUGUUCGGAAUUUCCAAAAUAUGAUCUUACGUUUGGGAUUUACUUUGAUAAACUUUGUUUUUCAGCAGCUUUAGAACUUGAUUGUAUCUCUCCUCCUGACCCUUCUUUUCCAACAGUUAUAUGUAAAGAUCUUUUUGAAGGGUCUGGACUUGAUGAAAACGCGAGAAAUUGUAUGAGAAAAGCAGUUAAACAUUCUAUGUGUAAAAAUAUUAGUUAUAUAUCUUGUUUAUGUGAUUCUAGAUCUUUUAGUUAUGAAAUUAGCGAAUGUAUUAAGGAUCCUUCAUUUGGAAAGAAAGUUGGGACUUUUUUAAAUACUUUAUGUAGGACGCCAAGCUUACUUCCUGGAUGUUCUCAUUCGCAAUUUUUACCUCAAGUAAUAGAAAAUGAAGAGAACACUGGGGAAAGACUUUAUAAAAUUAAAAUGAAAGAAAUAAUAUUUUUAAUGCUUGGAAUAACUAUACCCAUCAGCUUAAGACUUAUGGAAAUAUAAAAAAAAUAUAAUUCGAUUAAUAAAAGGUAUAUUCUAUGUUUAUAAAAUUUCUGAUAUGUUUAAAUAUUUUAUCUUUCACAAUUCAAU